UGAACCGGAAGGGCCAAAAGAAGCCAGAGCCGCGCUUCACUGAGGGAAUAAAUAUUAAUAUGGAGAACGACUUUAAUACUGAGUCAUCAUCUACAUUUACUCUUCAAAGUUCUUCAGAGACAUUGUUUUCUAUUCAGCUAUUAGAUUUCAAAACAAAUUUACUGGAAGCAUUAGAAGAAUUGCGUAUGAGAAGGGAAGCAGAAAUUCAAUAUGAAGAGCAGAUUGGUAAAAUUAUUGUGGAGACACAGGAACUUAAAUGGCAAAAUGAGGCUCUUCAGAAUCAAAAGGAAACACUGGCAAAGCAACACAAGGAAGCCAUGGCAGUUUUUAAAAAGCAGUUGCAAAUGAAGAUAUGUGCCCUGGAAGAAGAAAAGGGAAGAUAUCAACUUGCUACAGAAAUAAAAGAAAAAGAAAUAGAGGGAUUGAAGGAAACAUUAAAAGCACUACAGGUUUCUAAAUACUCUUUACAGAAGAAAGUGAGUGAAAUGGAACAAAAGGUCCAGUUACAUCUUCUGGCUAAAGAAGACCAUCAUAAGCAACUGAGUGAAAUUGAGAAAUACUAUGCCACAAUAACAGGUCAAUUUGGUUUGGUAAAAGAGAAUCAUGAAAAGUUAGAACAAAAUGUACGGGAAGCAAUACAAUCAAACAAAAGACUUUCAGCUUUAAAUAAAAAACAAGAAGCUGAAAUAUACAGUUUAAAGAAGGAACUAAAAAAAGUAGCCUCAGACUUGAUAAAGUCGAAAGUCACACGUCAGUACAAGAUGGGAGAAGAAAACAUCAAUCUAACAGUUAAAGAACAAAAAUUUCAGGAACUUCAAGAAAGACUCAACAUGCAAUUGGAAUUAAACGAGAAGAUUAAUGAAGAGAUUGCCCAUAUUCAAGAAGAAAAACAGGAUAUCAUCAUUUCUUUCCAACAUAUGCAGCAGUUACUUCAGCAACAAAUUCAAGCUAAUACUGAAAUGGAGGCAAAAUUGAAGGAGCUAAAAGAAGAUAAUCAGACCCUUGAAAGAGAUAAUGAGCUGCAAAGGGAGAAGGUAAAAGAAAAUGAAGAAAAGUUUCUUAAUCUUCAAAAUGAGCAUGAAAAAGCACUAGGAACUUGGAAAAGACAUGUUGAAGAACUUAAUGGAGAAAUUACUAAGAUUAAAAAUGACUUAUCAUCCCUUAAAGAAACUCAUACUAAGUUACAAGAAAAUUGUAACAAAUGCAAUCAGAAAACCUUUGAGGAAGACAAGAAGUUUGAGAAUGUUCCAGAAGUAAACAGUGAAAACAGUGAAAUGUCAACUGAAAAACCAGAAAACACCAUUAUACAGAAAUAUAAUACUGAGCAAGAAAUAAGGGAAGAAAGUAUGGAGAAUUUUUCUUCAGAUACUGAAUACAGAGGAAAAGAGGAAAACAAAGAAGGCUCAUUUAUGGAGGAAAUCAUUAUAGAAGAUUUACAGCUUUUUGAAAAAAGCGUCAAGAAUGAAAUUGAUACUAUUGUAUCUCAGGAUGAAAAUCAAAGUGAAAUCUCCUUAAGCAAAACCCUCUGCUUAGAUAAAGAAGUAAUUAGUCAAGGACAAACCUCGAAUGUUAUGGACAAUAGAAAAUCAGUUGCUACAGAAAUAAAAGACAAGAUGUGCUUGGAAAAAGACCAUGGAUGUACAGAAUUAAAAUCACCAAAUAAUCCUUUUUUAGUGUUAGAUACAGCGAUAACAGAAAAAAUACAUCUAGAAAGAACUGAAGGAUUAGAUGUUCACCAUACAGAUGUACAUCUGGAGGUUGAAAAUAAAAAAACAUCAUUUAACAGUAUUUUAAAUGAGACAGCAUACAAUACAUAUAAUAAUAAAGAUGCUUCUGAAAACAAACCAUUCAAACAAUUCAGAUUGCUUCAAGGGACUCGAGAACCUGCUAUAGAGAAGGAAAUUCCAAAUAGUGACCAAACCAAAGCAGAUUUGGAUUCAUCUCUAGAUAUAAAAAAAAAUCCUGUUCCAUCUCAGAAACAUAGUUUACAGAAUUCAAGUAAUGUUAUGUUAGAUGAUGAACAAUGUAAAAUAAAACAAAUACAACUGUUAAUUAAAAAAAGUGAGUGCAGCAUAUUACCUUCUAAACAAACUUCAGAUUUUCUGCAAGUCUGCAAUGAUACUUCAGAGAAGGCUGAACUAACUGUUCCCUGUGAUACAGUAAUCGAUCACCACGUUUCAUCUGCUGCUUUUAGUGAUAAUUCAAAAGUACUUCUUAAGAACUCAGAUAAAAAUGUUAAUAGUAUGCCUGUGUUGAUGAAACCCAGCUCAAGCACUGGGGCAAAAACUAUGUGUAAAAAUAUGAGUGAUAUGCAAAACAGUCAAUUUAAUAACUAUUUGGGAUAUUUAGAAAACAAUAAUGUGAACAUUUCCCAUCUUCAUCUUAACAAUGAGAAGAAUAGUCAUGCUUCACAAGCCAAAGAUGUGAAAACUGCUGUUCACAUGAAAACCUGCACAGAAAUACAGUUUUCCAAUAAAGAGAAUCAGGUAACUGAAGCCACAAAAAAUGACCUCUUCCUUUUUGUGAGCAUUAAUGAAAGACAGCAUACAUUGUUAAAUAAUACAGAGAAAACAGAGUCAUUAAAUGACAUCGUUUCAGGAAAAAUGUUCAGUGAAGGACAGCUGGAGGAAUCACAUUCAUUUCACAUAAAGCCAUCUGGAGAUUUAGUAAACAGAAGCGGAAGGUCAACCUUUGAUCUUUCAACUUCAGAUAAAAAAACUGAGAAAACUCCAGUAUACAUGAAUUUUUCAGCCCCCAGUCCGUGGUCAAAAGUAAAUCACAUUGAAAGUCAAACAGCAAGUAGUUCAACCCCUAGCGUUUCUUCGUUGCUGAAGGAGAGACCACUAGAUCCAUCAGAAAACAAAAAGAUCAUUUCCAUGGCUCUUUGUAAAAAUAUUGCUGUGGAUGAUGUCAGAAAGGAUAUUGGACCAGAUAAUACCAGCAUUAACAGAGUUGCUGACACUUUGAAUAACUGGAGUAUCCAUCCAGAUCCCAAGGGAGAACCCAGUGAAGAGAAGAAUGCAAUUGCAAAGACUUUUUAUGAUUCUUCUUUUCCCACAGAACAUGUGAAAAGAAAACCUCUGAAAUCAACUCCACUACAAAGCCAUUUGCAGGCAAUCAGGACUAAAGAUACUUCUGGUGAUGAUGACUGGAAGAGCCUCAUUACAAAUCAAAUAAAUGAAAGUGAAAAGUUACCAAAUUUAGAAAAUGACAGCCAAUCAAAAAAAAGAAAAGCACAAGAGAUGCUGGAAAAAACAAUAGAUUAAAAUAAUGUAGAUAAGUGCUUUCAGUAGUGAAGUGAUGUAACUGAAAUACUGGUACAGUUUUUACUAGAAUGAAGUGACAUUUAAAGCUC